AUGGACGGAUUCGUUUCUGCCUUCAAUGAAACCGGAACGCUCGCCGUUCAUCACAACGCCGAAGACACCAUUCCCCUUUGUCUCUCAUUCGGCAACCUUCUUUCAGUGUUUUGUAAAACGUUUUGCAACAGAGAUUAUGGCCACAUCGUCGCAGAUUUUGCAGCCAAGUCGUCACCAGAUUUUGAGUACAGUGUUGAGGUUCUUGAUGUCAUUGCGAUCGCAAUUGUGGCUUCAUCUGCUGCAUUUACUGCAAAAUUUGCGCACAUUCUUGCUGUGUCUGAUGAAGACGGUUAUGUUAGCUUGUUUGAUACUCGUCGCAAGUUCCCUGUUACCGCAAACUUUGAAGAAAACACAGAAAAAGUGAAGAUCUGCGAUUGGGUUUCGCAUCAGAAUGCUGUUUUUGAUACCUGUUGGAUUAAGGAAGAUACGCAGAUUCUCACUGCAUCUGGUGAUCAAACUAUAAAAUUAUGGGAUGUUCAAGAACAUAAGUGUCUUGGUGUGUUGACUGGACACACGGGAAGUGUGAAAUCUAUGUGUCCUCAUCCAACUAAUUCUGAUAUUAUUGUCUCUGGUUCUAGAGAUGGAUCCUUCCGUAUUUGGGACUUGAGAUGCAAGUCCGUUGCUAACAGUAGGCAAGGAGAAGUUGGCAUAUAUUCAAUGAGUGGUGUCAAUGGAGCGCAUAUUUCAUCUCAAGCACGACGAACUAGGAGGGGAAAGGCUGCUUCCAUGAGCAUUACAUCUGUUCUAUGUCUCAAGGACCAGGUUUCCGUAGCCACUGCUGGGGCAGUAGACAGCGUGUUAAAGUUUUGGGAUACAAGAAAUUUAAAAUGUAGUGUCGCUCAGACAUGUCCUUGUCCUCAGUCUACUGAAAAGCAAAGUUUGCACGGAAUAUCUAGCUUGUCUCAAGAUGAAAGUGGAAUUUUUCUUUCGGCAUCCUGCAUGGAUAACCGAAUAUAUUUGUACAACACUCUUCAACUUGAAAAAGGGCCUUUAAAAUCGUUUUCUGGGUGCCGAAUUGAAUCAUUUUUUGUAAAGUCUGCAAUUAGCCCUGAUGCAUCGAACAUAGUCAGUGGUUCUAGUGAUGGAAAUGCCUAUGUUUGGAAGGUUGACAAGCCUCUGGAAGAUCCUACUGUUUUGAAAACACAUGAUGGUGAAGUUACAGCAGUUAACUGGUGUAGCUCUGAUAUUGGCAAAUUUGCAACUUGUUCUGAUGACUUUACAGUUCGGAUAUGGAAUAAAAACAGUUACGUCUCGAGGACACAAUGUGCAUCUGUCAUUCGAAGAAGAGUAAUGGCAAUUCCUAAUACAGAGUGCAAAAUGCUUUUAAAUAAUGGAAAAAAAUACCCUAAAACAAAUGAAGAUGUUGUUUUACCCGAUCAUACACUACACCCAAUUUCCUCACCCACUCCAAUCACACCACCUAAAAUGAACAUAUCUGAAGGCCACAGGAACCAACUUUCCUCAGGUUUCGAUUCGAAUGCGCCAUCUCAAAAAACCCCUGAAUCUGCUUUGAAGAGUCCCUCGUCUGUAUUGAACCCUCCUUCCUCCCUAAAAAGGACUAUUCGAGACUACUUUUCAGCUUCUCCUAAAAUCAUGUAG